GACAUGAUCAAGUUUCUGUUGGAAUCGAUCGGAGUUCGUCUGUACAGAGACUGAGAUGGGCUGCAAAGGUCAUGAGAGACAUCAUUGAAGUCGUACUAUCAUCGUAUACUAUAAUCAUAUCCCUGUCAUUAUAAUCCUUCGACACCCAUGAAACCCGGAUUCACCAUGCCGGCCUCUCCCCGAUUGUCAACAAGAUCACUCCACUCCCCACCGUCCUCACCAGGUAUCCCUGUUCACCGUGCUUUACCUCGCAGAGAGCCUCCUACGAACCCACCAGAUCCACCUUUGACUCUCCUGCACCCCGUCGUAUCUGCCUCUAGGUAUUCUGAACCUCCGCGUUUGGGAGAGCAGUUCACCUCCACUCCCACCCUUCAGGAUGGUCGAGAUUCGAACACCAAGUCUCAUGCGGCAGUACAUGCGGUUGGGAAGCUCGCUUCAAAAGCUGCCGAUGGAGAUAAAUGGAGCUGGAUGCCUAGGAUCGGAGCUGGAAUGCGGAAUGAUAUAAGAAAGCGGGCACCAUGGUAUGUGAGCGAUUGGACAGACGCAUGGAAUUACAGAGUCGUCCCUUCGACAUUGUUCAUCUUUUUCGCAAAUGUUUUGCCUGGUAUCGCUUUCUCUUUGGACCUUAUAGAAACGACCGGCCAGUACGGUGUGCAGGAGGUUUUGCUCGCUUCAUUCAUUGCAGCGGGAGCGGCGUCGUUUCUCGGCGGUCAGCCGCUCCUCAUCUCUGGUGUGACGGGACCCAUCACUGUGUUCAAUAAGACUAUCUAUGACAUUUUCAAGGGUCGCAACGAUGGCUUCGUCUAUCUCGAAUUCAUGGGAUGGGUCUACCUUUGGGGCGCCAUCUUUCACUGGGUCUCAGCACUGUUCAACGCGGUCAAGGGCCUGAAAUACGUCACUCGGUUCGCAUGCGAUACCUUUGGCUUCUACGUUGCAGCAGUCUAUGUGCAAUAUGGAAUCCAGGUCAUCACUCGGCAGUUCUCUCAGUCAUCAGUCACUGGUGGAUUCCUUGGUAUAAUUCUUGCCAUCUUGACGCUCAUAUUGCCGCAUUAUGCUAAUGCCCUUGCUCGAUCUGGACUCAUCGGGAGGCAAUUUCGACGGUUUUGUUCGGACUAUGGAAUGCCAAUAACGAUCAUUGCGAUCACAGGUCUCGCCUACUGGGGCCGCUUUGACUCCUACGUCCUUGAAUCGAACAUGAGACUUCCCGUGAAUGAGGCCAACUUCCGUGCCGAGGGCGGUCGCGACUGGGUCAUCAAAUUCUGGCAUCUCGAAGGGAAAUACGUUGGGAUCGCCUUGCCCUUUGGUCUGAUCCUGUUUAUACUGUUCUACUUUGACGCAAACGUAUCCUCCUUGAUUGCACAAGGUUCCGAAUAUCCCCUCAAAAAACCCGCUGCUUUCCAUUGGGAUUUCUUCUUGUUGGGCUGCACGACCCUCAUCGCUGGUGUCUUCGGCGUUCCUGCGCCUAACGGUCUGAUCCCCCAAGCUCCCCUGCACACCGCGUCCCUCGUGAUUCUAGGCUACGAAAAGGAUCCAGCUACUUCCUCAGAAAGUGCCAACUCUGAGAAUGAAGGGGAUGAUCGACCUCAACGUUCUCAUUCCCGUGAUCAAGAAACCAUCCAGAUGUCAGAUAUGGAAGAGGCGAGGGGGAACUUGCAUCGCCGUCAAUCCAGCCAAGCCCAUCCGAAACCAAAGCGAAGAAUGAGUAUGAAGGAUAAGCUGGAAAAAAGGAAGGCAAUGCAGGAGGAGAAUGCGAGUCGGCGAGAGGUACCAGUAGCUGUGGUGGAGCAGAGGGUGUCGAAUCUCUCCCAAGGUUGUCUGUGUUUGGUCCUCAUGACCAAGCCGUUCGAGCACGUUCUGGGGCUUAUCCCUAAGGGGGUUCUUGCCGGACUUUUUUGGUACAUGGGCACGGACGCUCUGCUAUCAUCUGGCGUGACGGAAAAGAUGCUUUACCUGGUCCGAGAAAAGCGCGCGACCUCGCCCAGGGAGCCCUUAAAUCGGGUUCGAAAAUCCCGUAUUUGCAUCUUCACUAUUGUGGAAUUGCUCGGAUUCGGAGCGACCUUUGCGAUCACACAGACCAUCGCAGCCAUUGGGUUCCCUAUCAUCAUCAUGCUGCUCGUUCCUCUGAGAUUGUUCGUCGUACCCCGACUGGGAUUCACAGAGGAGGAACUCGAUAUUUUAGAUGGACCUGUUGCCAGUCCCUUUACCAUGGAAUCGGUCGCAGAGUACUAAGCUCGUUUCGCUAUGAUAUAGCAGAUAUUUGAAGCACAUGGGAAACUAGCCCAUGGGUCCACCUCAUCUCUUGUAGCCACUAUCCAUACACCAACAAAAUGUAUCAGGG